AGGAAUUCUAGAAGUAUGGAGCAGCAGCAACUAUCAUUCUUCACAUGCCGAUUAAGCUUAUCGUCCCUUUUUUCUCAUCAUUCCAGGCCUAGUAGGAACGGGUGCCUGAAAUUUAGCAUUCUCCGAGGUGUUUGUCGUGUCGGGUCUGUCUAUGCUGCGAUGGCUGUAGUAGGUUUCCAGUUCACUGGCUUGCACUGGCAAGGCUCGACUACUAACUACUAAUCGAACACCAUCCACCUAUGUCAGAACUCUCAAAAUAGGACGGAUACACCGGGAAAGGAUAAAGGUAAGAGCAAGAAAAAGAAAGAAGAAAAAAAAAGCAAGCAAAACAAAGACCAAUUCCCACCUACUAGUAGUAAAUGACGAGGAAAAAUAUUGUAGAAAUAGAAACUAUCAACACCACAACCCCAACCAUCCAUCCGCAGGGCAAUCAAUGGAAAGAUCACCGGCACUGCCGGCAAUUCACCACUUAACGCUUUUCUCGGCUUCACCGGAUACCACCUCCGACUACCAAGAGGUCCUACCAUUUAGCCUAGAGACGGUGAGCGAGCGAGCAAGCAAGCAAGCA